AUGACAGACAGGCUGCCAGCACUGUCGACGCCGACCGCGCCCCCUAGUCAGACUACCUUCUCCGUCGCAGGCGUCAUCACAGCUCGAGAUGUCGCUCGAAAACAGGAGACCGUAGAAGAAGAGCCUUACACAAUCAAGUGUAUAUGCAACUUCACUGACGAUGAUGGAAACACGAUUUUUUGCGAGACGUGCGAAACAUGGCAGCACAUCGAGUGCUACUACCCAGACAACAUCGAGGAUGCCCUUCGGGCAGAUUUCGCACAUUCUUGCGCUGAGUGCGAGCCGAGAUCGUUGAACCGCCAGCAGGCAAUCGAGCGCCAGAGAGCCAGGACCACCGUGCCAAUAGUGGAAGAAGCGGUGGACAAGAAACCAAAACGGCCUCCGUCAAAAACUCAAAGAAAGAAGGUAAAGCCUUCUGAGCUUCAAAUAAAUGGACUCCACAACGGCACCUCCGAAACCCUCAAAAACCCAAGUCCCCACGAUCAUCCCCCCCCUUCCAAGAAGACCAAGAAUUCGCAUAAGUCGAACCAGUCAAUCAGCUCGCAGGCGCCGAAGCGCAGCCCUUCGUACGGGACCGUGAAAGCCACCCACCCUCUGAGUCCCGCGACCACCCCUCCAGAUCUUCCGGACGAUUUUGAGAUCCACAAUUAUUCAUCGGGGUUCUUUUCUCUCUGCAAUGACCAGGAUGUCCAGAUCGUGAGUACCAAUAGCUUUGCCGGUUUGCAGGUUUCCAACGCCAUGUCGAGCUGGCUGCGCGAUCAGGAAAAGAUGCGAAAGGAGACGGGCUGGUCCUUUGACGAGGUCUUCCAAAAGCUUCCCUCCGAUAUCGACUCCAUCAAAGUCAAGGUAGAGGUCGAGCAUACGAAGAAAAUGGUCUCGCCAGGCACUGUUCUGCAGUGGCAGUGUCUCAAGGCGCCAUCAGCGAUUGGCAAGGAUGUCCCGCUCAUCGAGGUCAACGGCCAAAUCGGCUUCCAGGCGACUUAUUGCGCCGACCCGGAGAAUCGUUGGGACGAAUUCACUUCCCCCCUUCCCUUUGUCCUUUUCCAUCCGCUGCUUCCGCUCUACAUCGACACCAGGAAAGAAGGGUCUGAAGCUCGGUUUGUCCGACGCAGCUGCCGGCCGAACGCCGUCCUCGAGACCUACCUAUCGGCUGGCAGCGAAUAUCAUUUCUGGCUCGUGAGCGACCGGCAGAUCGCAGCCAAAGAACAAAUCACAAUUCCAUGGGACUUUCGGUUUCCCACCAGUACCAAGACGCGCAUGCUCCGCAUACUCGGCCUCAGUGAGGAUUCUACGGGCGCACAUACUGAGCCAAGUCUCGACGACAUUGGGUAUCGGGAACUCGCAAGCUGGGUCCAUCUUGUCCUCUCGGAGCACGGAGGUUGUGCGUGUAAUCUUGGGACGGAUUGUGCGUUUGCCCGGUUUCACCGUAACUACAUCAACAAGGUCAGCCCUCGGAUCAACCCGCCCAAGACCAAGAAACGCAAGCCGAAGGCACAGCACGCGCUGUCGCCCACCAGCACUGGGCAUGCGACCAACAGCCGAGCUCCCAGCGAAGGCCAGUUAGAAGACGUUCCCGAGCAUGACGGCAGAUCUGUGUCGAGCUCCUCGCGGAGCAAGCCACCUAGCCGUGACAUGACUCCAACGGCGCGCCAAGGCUCGUUCGAUACGCUUGGCAUAUUGACUGAGCCGACAGACAGGGAUAAGAGGAAAGUUGCCAUGGUCGAAGACUCCUUUCGCCGUAUGGAGCAGCAGCAGCAACCACAGCGGAAGAGAAAGCGUGUGUCUGACGGUACCGGGAACACCCAGGCGAAAACGUCAAAAGGGAGUUCGGCUACGCAGACGCCAAACCUCCCGACCGGCUUUUCCGAACGUGGUUAUGUUGAUGCUGGGACCAGAAUAUCAAGUAAAUCAGGGUCACCUAGCGGCGUAAGCCCGACGCACGCUAGCCAAGUCCCCAAAGACUCGAGGUCGAGAACUGGAUCGACCCCUGCCCAACCUCGGCCUGUUUCGGCGGCACCGCACGCAAAUUAUCGCGAUGCCGCUGUGCAAACGGAUCCUCCCGUAACAAGCGAGACAGGAACUCCAAAACGAAGGGUGGUGUCCUGUCUAAGGAAACGGAUGCUGGACAACUGGCACCAGCUCCGUCUCGAGGAGGAAGAGAGAGCGAAGCGCCGUGCAGUGGAACAGGCAAGUUCUGUCACUGCUAGCAAGGUAGGCGAGGGAAUCGAUCCCGAUGCGCAGCUGCGGCUCCCAGAUUCGACGAGGAGAUACGAAAAUGGGCCUGCUGCGAGUUCCUCGGCCACAGCCUCCGGCUCAAACGAUAAUGCAGUUUCCAACGCGCCACCACCGGUGUCUCCCAACAACCUGAGCGUUGUCGGCGUGAGUCCGUCCACCACGGCCAACCGCGUGAAAAACAAAUCGCCCGACCUACGAGUGCAGAUGCCUCCUGUCCCUACGUUUGGAAGCCCUGCAACCGCCUCCGCGCCUUCGUCCGCUACCACCCCUUUAUCUUCUACCGGGUCGAUCCUGCAGUCGCCAUUUUCGAUUAGUGCUUUCCCUAAUAGCCCCUUUGCUCCGUCUUCGGUGCAUGGAAUUGCUGUCGGGAACCCGAGUCCUGUCAAGAAGAAGCUCAGCUUGAGUGACUACAAGAACAGGAUAAACAAGGUGGCUGCUGCAGCGGGUUCGGGAUCAAGGCCGUCGCUUAGUACAUCCACCACCCUCCUAAAACCCCCAACUCCCAAUUCGGAGGAGCCGAAAUCUGCCACCAGCGUAGAAGGGGGCAGU